AGGCAAUCUUGGCUUAAUAUACAUGUAUGUAGUUUGUGCAAACAAGCCUAUAUAAUACAGAAAAACAUCAUUAUUCCGCUAAAAUGUUGUCGGAUUUGGAUUUGCUGUGAGUGCAUUUUAAAAGGAUGUGGAUUCAUUAGGAAUUUUAAUUUUCCCUGUAUAUGUCACAUCUUUGUUGUGAAUUCAUGAUUAAAAAAAGGAAGUUAAGAGAUGGCUAGAUGGAAAACUGUUGUAGGGAAUAAAAAUGCUACCUCUUCCUCAAUGAGUACCCAGCCCUCUUCCUUCUUCGAAUCCUCCUACUUCAUCCAUCAGAGAUAUGAAGACACUGCUAUAGUGGUAUUUCAACAACAGCAGAGGAAGAAAAGGGACUCAACUUUUGAAAUGAAAAGACCUGUCCACAGGGACCAUGAAGCCGAUAAAAGACAUGUAGAAUUGGGACAUUACGGAAACCCAGGAGUAAUUGUGAAGGGAGAGAUUGCUAAUACUAAAGUGCAUGUGGACAAGAGUCCGGUCCAGUCGACUGUGUGUGUUAUAGUAUAAUGGCUGUUUAGUGUGUAGGGACGUCUGUGUUGCAUGCUGCUUAUUUGGGUUUAGGUUCUGUGUGCAUGUUAAAGUAGACAUUUUAUUACAUUAUCCAGAAUUUAUCUUAUUUACAAUAUUUUAAAAUUAGCUUUGUUUCUAUGUGAACAAUGGAACUUCAUCCAAUACUAGAGAGGGAUACUGUCCCCAAUACUGGGCUGUGGUAUGUGUUGUCUGCUUUGGGAGACUCUCCCUCAAUUCGUGUUGGUCACACAUGCACUCAUGUUAAAGGAUUAUCAGAUGGUGACAAUGGAAAGCUGUAUGUGAUAGGUGGUGCUAAUCCUAGUGGAGCCUUCUGUGACACUUUUGUACUUGAUUUCAAUACCAUGAUGUGGGACAUCGUAGACUACCCAGGGUUCAGGGCAAGAUACGAACAUGCAGCCUUUGUUCCACAAUCAGAACCAGAGAAAAUUUAUGUAUUCGGAGGAGCAGAUCCCACGGGAAAUAUGAAUGAUAUUCAGGUGUUAGAUACUGCAACCAACUCCUGGUCCACCCCCAACAUAAGUGGCACCCCGCCCACCCCUCGCACAUACCAUACCACUGCUGUUGUGGGGGACAAGUUCAUCGUGUACAGUGGGGGACACAGCGGACCUGACCCUGUGGGGGACAGACAGGUCCACUGCUUUGAUGUUAAAACAUCCUCGUGGUCCAUCCUUCCAAUCAAAGGAGACUCUCCAAAGCCUCGUCAUGGUCAUGUGAUGGUUGCUGUUGGCAAUAGAUUAUUCAUUCAUGGUGGAAUGGCAGGAUCUGCAUUUUAUGAUGACUUCCAUCUUAUGGAUCUUGAUAAAAUGUCUUGGUCUAACAUUCGACGGAAAAAGGCAACACCAUCAGCAAGAGCAGCUCACAGCGGAGUGGCAGUGGGAAAAGACAUCUACAUCUUUGGCGGAAUGAGCAGAGAGGGGGCACUAGAUGACCUGUAUAAAUGUGACACGUCUUCCAUGUUAUGGACUAAAGUAGAACUUCAGGGUCCCCCUCCUGCAUGUCGACUGGACUUUGGUAUGUGCCAGGUCAGUUUAUUCCGGAGCCUGACGCGAGUGACUGAUGACCAGGACCUGGUCACUCAGGUUCAGCAGACAAAGGAGAUCCUGGAUCGUGAGUUGAAGCCUGGGAGUGCUAGUUCCAGGGACAGUCGCCAGGAUACAGGAUCAGAGAGCUCCAGUGUGACUUACGAGAUCCCACAACCUAACACCGACGAUGAGGAUGAGGAAACACCGAGAGCAGAGGGCGCCAUUGCCUCCCUGAAUACUCCCAUGUCCGAUGGCAAAGAAAUGAGAUUUCUCUUGGUUCAUGGUGGCAUGGAUACAGAGGGAGAAAUAUUUGAUGAUGCUCUUGUUUUAUUAACUGAACAACCAAAUUGAUAUAGAAUAAUGAUUUUUUUCAAUUCCAUUGAACUUUUAUUCAUAUUAGCACAUACCGUAAUAACAUAAGUUGCCAAAUUUUGUGAUAUAUUAUUUUACAGCAUAAAUGAACAAAAUGAUAGUUGAUACAGUCACAAAAUACAUAUUUUGUGUUAGAUGAUUUAAUUUAGAAUAAAUUAUUCUUUUUAAAUCUCUAUUAUAAUAAUAGAGAUUUAAAAAGAAUAUAUAUUUCA